UCGGGGCCCUGCAUACCCCGGGCCCGCCUGUAGCCAGGCCGCUGUCCCAGUCUGUCUGGCUACUCCCCCGCCCCUGGGGCUAUAGCUACCUCCCCUCCCUCUGCCUGACCCCACCUCCCUGGGGCUAUAGCUACCUCCCCUCUCUCCGCCUGCCCCCCUAGGGAGGGGUGCCGGGCAGGGGUACGGCAGCCCCACCUGGCCUGAAGUGGUUUCUUAUAAUUUAGAACAGUGAUUCCGUGGAUAGUUCCCUCUAAGGUGCACACCUGGGUGACUGCACACCUAAUUAGCGGAGCUGCACAGGUGUGGCUACACUAAAUAGGUGCCUGGACCCUGGAGAAGACGCACAUGUAAGUAAAAAGAAAUCUUUGGGCCUCCAUUUGGCUAUGUGGUACCCUCAACCCAGACUCAGAUGUAGAGCUGACAAAUCUGGAAAUCAACAGUUGGUGAACAUUGAAGCACGCACCUAGUAGAGCUCUGUAAGGUUUCAUUUUGUUCAGCCAGUAGCAUGAGCUGGGAUGACUUAUGUUGCAAAGAAGUGUGGCAUUCGCUUUCAGCCUCCAUCCAUUAUCCUGAUCUAUGAAGAUGAAAACAAGAAUAGAGCACGCCAGCGCAUCAUGCCUAUCCGAAAUUUCUCCAAGUUCUCAGAUUGCAGCAGGGCUGCAGAACAGCUGAAGAAUAACCCUCGGCACAAGGCUUACCUACAAGGGGUCUCACUGCAGCAGCUGCAGAAAUUAUACAGUUUGCUAAGAGGCCACUUGCAGGGAAAGAGUUUGGCCCAGAGCUUGGAGCAGAUUCAGCAGGAAGAGACCAUUGACCCAGAGGAGGACCUGAACAAACUAGAUGACAAGGAACUGGCGAAAAGGAAGAGUAUCAUGGAUGAGCUGUUUGAAAAGAACAGGAAGAAGAAGGAUGACCCAGAUUUCACCUACAAUGUUGAGGUUGAAUUCCCACAAGUUGAGCAGCUGGAAUCCUGUGGCUGGGAUGCAGAGUCGGACAAUGAGUUCUGAUAAUGGACAAGGCCUCCUAAUCAGUAUGGAGACAGAGAGAGAAAACCCAUAUUCUCAUUACACAGAGAGCACAGUUACUGUGUCCAUCAUAUCGCAUCAGUCUACAGAGCUUGACUGACACUGUUUACAAGCCAUACAACUGAUGCAUUUUACAUUGGUAAAUAAGAGAUCAAUGCCUGUGGUGUUUUAGCAGUUUGGAGAAUAGACAGACAAUUUUAAAAGUCUUAUGUGAAGCCUGAUAAAAAGGGACAUGGGGAUAUUGAAAAUUAUUUGUAAAUGGUUAGAUUUGUAGCUGUUAAGUAACUGAAAUAAUUUUAAAUCUCCAUCUUUCAGCAUUUGUUUGUUUAUACUUCAUUCAUCUUUGGCAAGGAAACUAGACUGGUUAUUUUUGUUUCUAUUCAAUUUUAUUUUAGUCCUUAAAAUACAGUGUUAAAGUUGCAAAUCUUUACAUCUAACUCAGAAGAAACAUUCAGAUUCUUAUUGCAAAUAUGUAGUAUUUUGUUAUUAGUAGGCUUUUAUAAGUGUUUUAAUCUAUACUCUGUAUAGACAAAUCAAUUUUGCAGUGAAAAUCUUACCUUUAGAUUUCUUGAGUUGUGUUUAAAUCCUCAAUCUGAGUAUUCCAUGGAUGUAUGUUUUCAUAUUUAAGAAAUAAAAUAUUUAGAAAACAGA